UCUUCCUCCGCCCGUCCCCACCGGGCGGGUCUGGUGCGUGGCAGAGGCUCCGGUAGCCCCGGAGCUUUCUGGAGCCUCUGUAGGUUCCGCAAGCAGCGUCCCGGUCGGUCCCGGCUGCCGGUCGGGGAUCCCGGCGGGGAUUUUGGGCUCCAUGGUGGUUCCGGCCGUGCUGCUGCUGCUGCCCUGCGCGGUGCUGCCGCUGCUCGGGGCGGAGGGCGGGCGGGCCUCCCAGCGGGAAGAAAACCUCCUGGUUCUUACUGUGGCCACCAAGCAGACUGAGGGGUUCCAGCGUUUCAGGAGAUCAGCCCAGUUCUUCAACUACAAAGUCCAGGUGCUGGGGUUGGAUGAGGAGUGGCAGGGUGGAGGUGACCAGAAGCCAGCAGGAGGUGGGCAGAAGGUCCGACUCCUGAGAGCAGCUUUGGAGCAGUAUGCAGAUAAGGAGGACUUGAUCAUCCUGUUCACAGAAAGCUAUGAUGUACUCUUUGCUUCGGGCCCCACAGAACUGCUGAAGAAGUUCAAACAAGCCAAGAGCAAGGUUGUCUUCUCAGCAGAGAAUUACAUCUACCCUGACAGAAAGCUGGAAGCCAAGUACCCUCCUGUGCGGGAUGGAAAGCGCUUCCUGGGCUCUGGAGGAUUCAUAGGUUAUGCUCCAAACCUGAAGAAGCUUGUGGAGGAGUGGAAAGGACAGGAUGAUGACAGUGACCAGCUCUUCUAUACCAAUGUCUUCUUGGAUCCAGAAAAAAGAGAAAGUAUCAACAUCAGUCUAGACCAAAGAAGCAGAAUCUUCCAGAACCUAAAUGGAGCAUUAGAUGAGGUGGUUCUGAAGUUUGAAAACUCACGGGUGAGGGCAAGAAACUUGUUAUAUGACACUCUGCCUGUGGUGAUUCAUGGAAAUGGACCCACCAAGCUGCAGCUGAACUACCUGGGAAACUACAUCCCUCAGAUCUGGACAUUUGAGACUGGCUGCACUGUGUGUGAUGAGGGGCUGAGGAGCCUCACAGGGUUUAAGGAGGAGGCAUUGCCAAUGGUUCUGAUUGGGAUUUUCAUUGAGCAGCCCACCCCAUUCCUCUCCCAGUUUUUCUUGCGGCUUCGUAAUCUCCGUUACCCAAAGCAACGAAUCCAUCUCUUCAUCCACAACCAUGAAGAACAUCACUCAAUGCAGGUGGACUCUUUUGUUAAGGAGCAUGGCAAAGAAUAUCUUGGUGUCAAAGUGAUUGGACCAGAUGAGGAGGUGGAGAAUGCUGAGGCUCGUAAUUUGGGGAUUGAUUUGUGCAGAAAGGAUCCAGACUGUGACUAUUACUUCAGCCUGGAUGCUGAGAUAGUUCUGAAGAAUGCAGAGACUCUGAGGAUCCUGAUUGAACAGAACAAGCUGGUGAUUGCCCCCCUGGUCAGUCGUCACGAGAAGCUGUGGUCAAAUUUUUGGGGAGCCCUGAGCCCUGAUGGGUACUAUGCCCGCUCAGAGGAUUAUGUGGAUAUUGUUCAAAGGAGGAGAGUCGGGCUGUGGAAUGUUCCCUACAUCAGCAGUGUUUACCUGCUCAAAGCCAAGGUUCUACGGUCAGAGCUUGAGCAGGGAGAUCUCUUCCACAGUGGGAAGCUGGAUGCUGACAUGGCUUUCUGCCACAACAUCAGGAACCAGGGAGUCUUCAUGUACCUGACAAACCAGCAGCAGUUUGGGCACAUCCUGUCCCUGGAGAACUAUCAGACAACUCACCUCCACAAUGACCUCUGGCAAAUAUUCAGCAAUCCUGAGGACUGGAGAGAAAAGUACAUCCAUGAAAACUACACAGCAGCUCUGAAAGGGAAGUUGGUAGAAAUGCCCUGCCCAGAUGUUUACUGGUUCCCCAUUUUCACUGACACUGCCUGUGAUGAGCUGGUGGAAGAAAUGGAACAUUAUGGCCAGUGGUCCACAGGUGACAACACGGACAGCAGAAUACAAGGAGGUUAUGAGAACGUCCCAACUAUUGACAUACACAUGAACCAAAUUGGCUUUGAAAGAGAAUGGUAUAAGUUUCUUCUGGAGUAUAUUGCACCCAUCACAGAGAAACUUUACCCAGGAUACUAUACCAAGACUCAGUUUGAGUUGGCUUUUGUAGUUCGCUACAAACCCGAUGAGCAGCCCUCUUUGAUGCCCCAUCAUGAUGCUUCCACCUUUACCAUUAACAUUGCCUUGAACCGAGUUGGCAUAGACUAUGAGGGAGGAGGCUGCCGGUUCCUGCGCUACAAUUGCUCCAUCCGAGCUCCACGGAAGGGCUGGACCCUCAUGCACCCAGGACGUCUGACCCACUACCACGAAGGUCUCCCAACCACCAAAGGAACCCGUUACAUUGCAGUGUCCUUUCUUGACCCCUAGAGCCAAGCAUUGCAGAAGAACCUUUCCCUGAGCCCUGCUCACUGCUGACUUCGAGUGCUAACAGGGAAUGCUGCUGAGAGGGUUUUUUUUAAGGCGUUGAGCAAAGCUAUCUGGAUGUUGGUUUUUAAUGGUAUUUUAAGACUCCACUACUGGAAGAUCUCCCUCUCUGAUACUGCAGGUAAUAUCUAGGGAUAUUGCUGUAGGGUUUGGGAUGGGAGUUUGUGCCUUCAGUUUUGAUUCUGCUCCUCCUUCGCUGUUUCUUGGAAAUGCGAUUUACUUGAACCUUCACUGAUUGGGUGGCUUUACAGAAAUGCUUCCUUGGACUGGAAAUCCAGCUUCUUGGAGGAAAGACACAAGCUGUCUCUCCAAGUAGCUGGAAGCCCCUUUUCAUCCACAGCACAUGCAGGGCUGGAUGUCAGACAGUAAUUCCUGGACACUGCUCCAAAUAGAAACCAAUCCCGAGCUGACUCCAGGAGCUGUAACAGUCAAAUGCCAUCCUAGAUGCAGCUCAGUACCAAGAGCCUGAAGAUCAUCUGAUUCUUUACCUCUUUACAGUCCUUGGAAGUGUAUCACAAAGUUCAAAGCAGCAGCAGUGGCUAUAGGGGUGCUUCCAGUUAGCUAAAGGAGGGUCUGCUAAUGGUACUUCACCUCUGGGAUUGGAAUGAAGAGAUCAAAGUCUUCUGUCUGCAGCUAAACCCCAGACAAAUGCAGAUCAUGUGUAGAUAAAACAGAAAAUGGCUGAGAGCAGCUCGACCAGUCCAGGGGGGCUUUACUGUUGAGCUGUCUGUUCCAUUCCACAUUAAGAUUGUCAAAAGCUCAAAUCAGUCUUUAGAUGAUUAGAAUCUCAAUCCCAGUGCUCUUCAGUGCCCUCAUUCCAGUUCUUAGAGAUUUGGUUUGAAAAUUUUCUUUGCCUCUAAUUUGAAUGGGCUAUCAAAGAGCUGUUCUCUGGUACUCAGAGGAAAUUAGUAUUGGGUGUGUGUCUGAUCUGAGAUCCCAAACCAAAACACUCCAGAGGCUUCCCCAAGGGGGUCCAGGCUGCCAGAAAUGAGUGGCUGGAAAGUGCAGGGAGAUUCCUGUGAACUGGUAGGUGUAAAAUCUGUCUAGACCCAUGGUUUAGAGAGGGAAGGGGGCAAACAUCUUCUGGUGUUGCCUGUGAGAUACCUGCUGUGCUAUCAGACAGGUUCCACGGGUCCUGCCAGACACGUGUGUUUCACAAGCAAUAAAUUCACAUCACAGUUGUCCUUAGGGAAAAAACAACAAACGGAGCAAACCUUCCUUUUGGAUCUCUGUGUCUCCAGUUUUUCCUGUCUCAUUGUCAGGUGUGGAGCCCCCAGUUUCAAGGCUCCAUUCUCGUGUGCCCCAGGCAGGGACAACGGGGUUGGGAAAUAAACCAAUAAAUAAACCUUGCCAGAGAAACCCCAGCAGCGUGUUACCACACGGACAGACCUGCUAGGCCAGCUGUUACGGUGAUGUUGACAAAGUGUGUGUAUUUAUUCUCUGGUUUUUGUACGGUUCUACCGGGGAGCCCCGCAUUAAACCCCUA